AUGUGUCUAUCUAGAUUAGUUACACAGAAAAAAGUCUUCUUUCAAACAUCACAUUGGGAUUUGAAAGAUUUCACAGAAUAUGGAAAGUGUAUAAUGAUUGAAACCAGUGCCAUGUUAAAGGGAUUUGAAUAUAAGUAUUGUCUUGUCAAUGGACAGAGGCAUGAAUUUGAACGUGUCCAUCAUAUGAUUAAAAGAAGUGGUUAUCGUAAAGAGGCCAACCGAACUUUUAUUAGAGUAUUGGAACCACGACUAAAACAAGUAACAGAAUAUCUGAGGAAACAUCUAAGACAUAAAAAAAAAUAA